UUUUCUUAAUUUUUACAAACACCUGCUUUCGUCGCAACAUCUUUACUUUUUUAUAGCUCAAUACAAAAUGCCACGCGAAUUAAUUACAAUACAAACUGGGCAAUGUGGAAACCAAAUUGGUAUGGAGUUUUGGUCCCAACUCUGUGCUGAACAUGGGAUCAGUAAAGAAGGUAUACUAGAGGAUUUUGCGACUGAAGGUGGUGAUAGAAAAGAUGUAUUUUUUUAUCAGGCUGAUGAUGAACAUUAUAUUCCAAGAGCUUUGCUUUUAGAUUUGGAACCAAGAGUUAUAAAUAAUAUCUUGGCUUCUCCUUAUUCAAAUCUAUAUAAUCCUGAGAAUAUUUUUUUAUCCAAAGAUGGUGGUGGUGCUGGCAAUAUUUGGGCUUAUGGAUUUUCUCAGGCCGAAAAAGUUUGCGAGGAUAUAUUUGAAAUGAUUGAUCGGGAAGCUGAUGGAAGCGAUUCUCUUGAGGGAUUUAUGCUUCUUCAUUCGAUCGCAGGAGGGACAGGUUCUGGAAUGGGAUCUUUCCUUUUGGAACGACUUAAUGAUCGAUAUCCCAAAAAAUUAAUAACCACAUAUUCAGUAUUUCCAAAUAAUGAGGAAGUUUCAGAUGUUGUUGUUCAACCUUACAAUAGCAUCCUAACAUUAAGAAGAUUAACAAAUAAUGCAGAUUGUGUGACUGUAUUGGAUAACGCAGCGUUGAAUCGUAUAGCAUGCGAUAGACUGCACAUUCAAAAUCCUACAUUUGCUCAAACAAAUCAGUUGGUAUCGACUGUAAUGUCUGCAAGCACAACAACACUUCGUUAUCCUGGAUAUAUGAAUAAUGAUCUGGUUGGAAUAAUUGCUUCGCUUAUUCCUACGCCCAAAUGUCACUAUUUGAUGACGGCAUAUACACCUUUUACAAGUGAUCAGGUCGAAAAGGCAAAGUCUGUACGUAAAACUACGGUUCUCGAUGUGAUGAGGCGAUUAUUACAACCAAAAAAUAAAAUGGUAUCAACUAAUCCAUCAAAAAAAAGCUGUUAUAUAUCGGUCUUGAAUAUAAUUCAGGGGGAAGCUGACCCUACGGACGUGCAUAAAUCUUUGCUAAGAAUUCGCGAGCGUCGCUUAGCACAAUUUAUUCCUUGGGGUCCAGCCAGUAUUCAAGUAGCAUUAACAAAAAAAUCACCAUAUAUUCAAACAUCUCAUCGCGUAAGCGGGUUGAUGUUAGCAAAUCACACCAGUAUUGCAUCACUCUUGAAACGUACCUGUGACCAUUAUGAUCGUUUCAGAAAACGUGGAGCUUUUUUGGAACAAUUUAAGAAAGAAGAUAUGUUUGCUGAUAACCUUGAAGAAUUUGACGCUGCUAGGGAGACAGUACAAGACCUUAUUAAUGAAUACGAAUCAUGUGAAUCAAAUGACUACAUUAAUUAUGGAAUUUCUAAGGAACAAUCACAAUAAUAAGUUUAUUAUAAUAUAAUGUCAAGUUUAUUAAAAAAAUAAUUUGAUGAAUAAUUUGCAUAAAAGUUUUUCACAAUGUGUAUAACAAAUAUUUGUAUAAUAAAUAACGAAAAAAAAAAUACGAUUCAAAGUUUU